GACGUCCACUGGUACGGAGAUAGCUGCUGCCAGCUUGAGCAGUGCUAAAGCCCUUGGUUCUGCACUUCCAGACAUGUCUCGACACACUCGAAUUGCAUCUUGUUCCUCGCUUGUUAUCGCUGGCCAAGAGGAAGUGCGUCUUGGCUGAGAGCUUGAGAGGGUACACGCCUUCUAACGGCCCAUCAUGUCUGGCAAAGAUUAUGGCGUCGAUCACGCGAUCGAACGCGAAGAGAUCAGAGCACAACACACGCACACAACAGAUAACAUGUCGGUCGGAAGGUAUUUUGCAACCCGUUUCAGCACGCUGAAACCGCCGAUGGACAAACUCGAGAACCCGAUCACCCUCCUACGAAUGCUGAAUGGGAAACAAUGGCUGUUCUUCCUAUGUUCAUUCAUCGCGUGGACCUGGGAUGCUUUCGACUUCUUCACAGUAUCAUUGACAGUGUCAAACCUGGCGGAGCAAUUCGACAAGUCGAAGAAGGACAUCACCUGGGGCAUCACACUCGUGCUCAUGUUUCGAAGUGUGGGCGCUAUUGCCUUCGGCCUGGCAUCUGAUAGAUAUGGGAGGAAAUGGCCAUUUGUGGUGAACAACCUGCUCUUCAUCGCUCUCGAAAUUGGCACAGGAUUUUGCAACACCUACGACCAAUUCCUUGCCGUUCGGGCCCUGUUCGGCAUCGCAAUGGGAGGUCUCUAUGGUAAUGUUGCAGCAACAGCUCUGGAGGACUGCCCCGAGAAAGCGCGAGGUAUUAUUUCUGGUAUGCUUCAGCAAGGUUACGCGUUCGGAUACCUGCUCGCCACAGUCUUUGCCCGAGCUCUGGUGGAUACGACGCCCCAUGGAUGGCGCCCACUGUUCUGGUUCGGCGGUGCUGUUCCCGUGCUCAUCAUCGCGUUCAGACUGUGUCUCGGAGAGACCGAAGCGUACGAGGAGCGUCAGCGAAUUCGAGAAGGCAACGACAAUGCUGGAAAGACGUUCAUCAAAGAGGGCCAAGUCGCACUCAAGAAGCAUUGGAUGCUGCUCAUUUAUAUGGUUCUCUUGAUGGCGGGAUUCAACUUCAUGUCGCAUGGUUCGCAGGAUCUUUACCCUACAAUGCUGGAGAACCAGUACAACUUCUCGGCGAACGCUGUCACUGUUACCCAAGUCGUUGCAAAUCUGGGCGCCAUCACUGGUGGCACGACGAUCGGCUACCUGUCGCAAACUUUUGGACGAAGGUUUAGUAUCAUCUUCAUCAGCAUUGUUGGUGGUGCUUUGCUGUACCCAUACAGCUUCGUGCCAAAUGAGAGAAUCAUGGCUGCGGCAUUCUUCGAGCAAUUCUGUGUUCAAGGUGCUUGGGGAGUUAUCCCAAUCCAUCUGAUGGAACUGUCUCCCGGGUCUUUGAGGGCGUUCGUGGUUGGUACCUCGUACCAGCUCGGUAACCUGGUUUCCUCCGCUUCUAGCACAAUCGAAGCGACCAUCGGAGAGAGGUUCCCCCUGGAGCCAAAGAUUGUGGAUGGCAAGUCCGUCUCCCGCUACGAGUACGGCAAGGUGAUCUGUAUCUUCAUGGCCUGCGUGUACGUCUAUGUCAUCGUUUUGACGUUCCUGGGUCCCGAGAUGAAAGGUCGCUCCAUGUCAGCUAGCAACGACGAGGACUUUGCUGAAGCUGCUGGUACUGUCGGGAUUGUGCAGGAGGGCAAGGAUUAUCGGUACGGUUCUGAUGCUAGUGACCACCAGAAGGUGUAG